AUGUAUGACGACGAAACCCGGGAACGACACAAGAGACAAACGAAAAAGGAAAGGACCAAAAGAACGAAAGGAAGAAGAAGAAGAAGAUCAUCGGAUCAAUUGGAACCAGGACGAAAGAGGCGAAGUCUUUUCUGGAUCAUCACUGGCCUGGCAUACUUCUUACUUUACCAUAUGUUUGUACAGUAUGCUGGACAUAAACGUUUCCAACACAAGGAUUUUUGGACAAUGCAAAGAGUAACACUGGGAUGGAGCAAGGGAAAUGGAUGGCUUAUGUUACGGCAACGGACGGGGAAUUGGGAAAUUAUUAAGGACAGACCAGGCAAGGAAUGGAAUGGAAUGGGACGGCGUUCUCUCUAUGAAUAG